GAGACAAAUAGCCGCUGCCCUCGGGGUGGGGGGGGGCGGGGGAGCGAGAGCCCCAGAAACACGGACCAGCGGGGGGAGGGGCCUGACUAAAGAUGAUGGGCGAUGGGCUCAGAGGGAGGGGAAAGAGACAGCGUGACAGAGAGAAAGAGAAAUAGAGAGAGACAGGCUGACGUCACUGUCCUGGGCCCGGAGCAGUAGAGAGGGAAACCUCCCGGGGCCCAGAGCGGCUCGGAGCAGCCUAGAGAGACUACAAAUACUCUAGUGCGCAGGCGCGGCCCGGAAGGCCCCGCCCUCUUAAUGGCGGCCCCCAGCUGCCGACACAGGACUGUCAUACUUGGAACCAUGGAAGAGGAGGAAAAAGUAAAGGAGAAGAAGGAAGAGGAGGAAGAAGGAGGUUUCGCACCCUCAGCCCUGGGGACCCGAGAACAUUGGGAUGCCGUGUAUGCGGAGUUGCGGGCUUUUCAGGAGUCCGGAGAUUCAGGAGAAAUAUGGUUUGGAGAAGAAAGUAUGAAUCGAUUAAUCAAAUGGAUGGAAAAAUGCAAGAUCCCAUUGGAUGCUUCAGUGCUUGACAUUGGAACUGGAAAUGGGAUGUUUCUGGUUGAACUGGCAAAAUUGGGAUACUCUGAUAUUACUGGAAUUGAUUACUCUCCUUUGGCAAUACAACUUUCUGGAAGAAUAAUAGAAAAGGAAGGUUUAUCUAACAUUAAGUUACAGGUGGAAGACUUUUUGAAUCCUUCUCCCAAACUAUCUGGAUUUCAUAUUUGCAUUGACAAAGGAACCUUCGAUGCCAUAAGCCUGAAUCCUGACGGUGCACUUGAGAAGAGGAAGCAGUAUGUGAAAUCGCUCUUCAGGGCAUUGCAAGAUAAAGGCUUCUUUCUCAUAACAUCUUGUAACUGGACCAAGGAUGAGCUGCUCAAGGAGUUCAGUGAAGGAUUUGAAAUUCUGGAAGAGCUGCCAACACCCACGUUUACCUUUGGAGGGAGAUCUGGAAACAGCGUAACAGCAUUGGUUUUCCAAAAAAAGUGAGAUCUUUCUCUGGAUAAAUCCGGUAUUCCUUUUGAAAAAGUCUAAAUGUUGGAUUCAUUCUGACCGAGACAGACGUGUGGGCAAAUCAUUCCUAAGAAUGUGGCAAGAGAGGCUGUGCGUACCAAAUAUUCACAGUGGGGAAGCAAGACACCAGGACCUGCAAGGGGCUGGUUUGGAGAGACCGGCAGAGAAUUAUUUUAAAUAUAUUUUAUAUUUGAAAUGAACAUAUAUUUUUCCUUAAAACAUCUCUGUAAUCGUGGAAUAAUUUAAAAUAUGAAAGCAAAAGAGUAAUUCUGUCGUUUUAA